UUUUGACAUGACCAGGACGUUUUGAAACGCAAUAUGUGAAUACACGGUAGUUGUGAGUGAAGUGUACAAGUUUGGAACAAAAAUGUUGAAAAGAGUCUUGAUUUUUGUAGCCCCAAAAAACAAAUGGAAACAAAAAAAAAACAACAACAACAGCAAAAAUAAAAACAACAAGCAAGUAAUGAAAAUUAAUGAUUAAGAAAUAAUAUGGUUACAGCUUUUUUACUACAAAGAAAAACGGAAAUUGUGCGUGUUAAUGUAUUAUGGUGGAAAACGACAACAACAGCAGCAACAACAAAAAGGUUUAAACUACUGGAAAAAGUAAAAGAAAAAUAAAGGCAACAACACACUCAUAAAGCCGAAGAAGAAUAAAAAAAAGAAAAUCGAUAAAAGAUAAAUUGUAUGCUCACCUAAAUGUGAGAAAAAAAAUUAAAGAAAAGAAAAAAAAAAUACACCAAAAAAAAUAUAUAAAAUAGAAAAAAAAAAUAAAAUAAAAACGACAAAAAAAUAACUACAUACAUACAAGUACACACAGAAUACACUUGUAUUCGGGUACACAAUUACAACAGUGUAGAUGUAAAGAAUGAAUUUUUAUGAGUUUUUAUAUGAGUGUAUUUAUACAUAUUAUACGAGUGUUACAAGUAUGAAUGUCUCUAUAUAAAUGUGUGAGUGUGUAUGUGUGUGUUUUUUUUUGCAUUACAUACACAUAAAUUUAAAACAAUAAAAAAGAAGAAAUAUAUUAUCAUUUGUAUGUAAUUAGAUGAAGUGCAAAUGGAACAAAAACAGCAGCAGAAAAGCAUAUAAAAUCAUAAAAAUUAAAUAAAACAUACAACAAACUAGAGAGACGUGUAAAGUAUCUGAGAAAGAGAGGUCGUUCUAUGAAAUCCAUUUAAUACUAAAAAUAUACAAAAAUAAAUAAAUACAUAUACGAAAUAAUAAUAAUGAAUGAAAAAAAAAAAUUCUAUACAAGCAAAAAAAGAAUAAUAAUAAAUAAAUAAAACAGCAAACCAACAUCAGCAGAGUAGCAGCAACAUUUAUUAUUUGAUAUUUAUAAAUAUUACGAAAAAAAACACACACACAUAAAAAGUAAAAUAAAAUAAAUACCUAAAUAUACAUAAAAAAAAUAAACUGAGGAGACAUAAAUAUUAACAAAAAUAUGAAGCCAAUUGUAAAUGAGUGUCAAUUCAAAUUUCAAUAUGCAAAACAUCAAAAAAACCUUAAAAACAGAAGACGACCAUUAAAAACAUCAACAACAACGUCAACACCAGCUCUAGCAGCAACAACAACUAUUAAAAUAUAAAAUAACAACAAUAAUAAUAAUAAUAAUAAUAAAAAAAAAAAAACAAAAAUUAUUAACGACAAAAAAACAACAACAUCAAGUAAUAACGACAAAAAACAUGUUAUUAACUAUAAAUCAUCAACAUUAUCAUCAUCGUAUAGGAAGUUUGAUUAAUAUGCAGCUAUUAUUUCUCAUCUUAUUGGAGAUGCGUAUAAUAUACGGUGAUGUAUCCUCUCAUUAUUGGGAAACUCCAUAUUCUCAACCCUAUUUUGACAACUCGUCCAGACGAGAAGUCACUUCCAUAGUGGGUCAAGCAGCAUUGCUGCAAUGUAGAGUUAGAAAUUUAGGUGAUAGAGCGGUUUCCUGGAUACGCAAACGUGACUUGCACAUACUGACUGUAGGCAUAUUAACAUACACCAAUGAUCAACGAUUUCAAUCUUUGCACACCGAAGGUUCAGACGAAUGGACAUUGAGAAUAUCAUCGCCACAACCUCGAGAUUCCGGCACGUACGAGUGUCAGGUGUCAACUGAACCAAAAAUAAGCCAAGGUUUCCGUUUGAAUGUUGUGGUGUCUCGAGCGAAAAUACUUGGUAAUCCUGAAUUGUUUAUCAAAAGUGGCAGUGAUAUUAAUUUAACAUGCCUUGCUAUGCAAUCACCCAUUCCGCCUUCGUUUAUUUAUUGGUACAAAGGAAAACGUCUAAUGAACUAUUCGCAACGUGGUGGCAUCAACGUUAUAACCGAACGAACAACACGCACAAGUAAAUUAUUGAUUUCAAAGGCAACAUCAGCAGAUUCUGGGAAUUAUACAUGUUCUCCCAGUAGUUCUGAUUCCGCAUCGGUCGUAGUACAUGUCAUUAACGGUGAACAUCCAGCAGCCAUGCAACAUGGCAACAAUAGUGCUUCAACUCUGACACAAUCAAUUCGUAUAGUCAUGCGAUCGUUAUCGUAUGAUGCCCUCAUUUCGGCAUUCGUCAAUCUGUCAACCCUGCAUCAUAUAUUCUCAUCCAUAGUUGAUUUAAUGAUUACAACAAAUUGUUGUCUAGUGUUAUUGGGCAUGACCGUAUCGCAGUGUUUCCUUGUGCAUAAUGGUCGACUGCCGCGCUGUAUUACCAGGUGACUGUAAUCAAGUGGGAAAUAUUCGGCAUUGGCCGAAUCUAAUGCAUUGCCCAACAUCAUUAACACUCACAACAGCAACAAAACCAACAAUAAGAAAAACAACAACAAAAAAUCACCAUUCAACACCACAAUAAUGGAUGUUUUUUCGACUUUAAGCGAUUUGAUCGUUUUAACUUCAAUUAGAUGUUUUUAAUUUUUAAGUUUUAACAAAAAACGACACACGUUUUAUUAUUUAUUUUUUAAAUUUUAAACAAGCAGCAACAGCCAAUGGUAGCGAUGCCUAAAAGCAUAACAUAUUUAAAAACCGAAAAACAUCUGAGUUUCUCCCUAAUUGGGUGAUUAUAAGGGUGUUGAAUAUUUAAAUUGAAAAUGAAAGCAAAAUACAAAUAUGGCGGUCAAAACUGUUGCAAAACCACGUUAAUUGUGUGUGCAAAAAAAAAGAGAGUAAACUUUGCAUUUGUUUAUAUUGUUCAUAGUUAUUAAUUAUUACAUAAAUAAAUAAAUAAAUAAUUAAGUAAGUUAAAAAAAUAAAUAAACACAGAGAAAAAACCAAAAAUAAUGAAAUAAUAAAAAAGAUUUUAAUUAUGUAUGACAUAAUAUUAAGUAGAUAAAC